UCUCGUCUCGUCUCCCCUGCAAGAUGGCGGCGGUGGCGGCGGCGGCGGCGGCGGCGCGGAGCCUGGCGCGUUCCCGGGGGCGCUUGCUGGUCCCGGCCCUGCCCGGGGGCCCCCAUCCGCGGGCCAACAUGGCAUCUCUGACGGGUCUCUCCCGGAGCAAGAGGGUAGCCCUCACCACUCUGGGUGUCCUGACAGUCAGUGGGGCAGGCAUGGCCUGGGCCCUUCACAACGCUGUGAAUGCCUCUGAAUUGGAGCUUCAUCCACCCAGUUACCCUUGGAGCCACGGUGGCUUCCUGACUGCGUUGGAUCACAGCAGUGUCCGACGUGGCUAUCAGGUGUACAAGCAGGUGUGCUCAGCUUGCCACACCAUGGAGUACGUGUCCUUUCGCAAUCUUGUAGGAGCUACGCACACCGAAGCAGAAGCCAAGGCCCUGGCUGAGGAGGUGGAGGUGCAGGAUGGACCCAAUGAAAACGGCGAGAUGUUUAUGCGGCCUGGCAAGCUUUUUGAUCGCUUCCCCAACCCGUACCCCAACUCUGAAGCGGCGCGGGCAGCAAACAACGGGGCAUUGCCUCCUGACCUCACCCUCAUUCUCAAAGCCAGGCAUGGAGGUGAGAACUACGUCUUCUCCCUUCUCACUGGCUACUGUGACCCCCCUGCUGGUGUGACUAUGCGAGAGGGGCUUUAUUACAACCCUUACUUUCCUGGGCAAGCCAUCGCCAUGGCACCUCCAAUCUACAAUGAUAUUGUGGAAUACGAUGAUGGCACGCCUGCCACCAUGUCACAAAUUGCCAAAGAUGUCUGCACCUUCCUACGAUGGGCAGGGGAACCAGAAUUCGAUGACCGCAAGCGGAUAGGCCUCAAGGUAGUGCUGAUUGGAGCCAUGAUACUACCUUUCGUGUACUACCUGACAAAGCACAAGUUUUCAGUUACACUGAGCAGGAAAAUGUUCUACCAGCGUCGCAACUGAUCUCUGGAUGAGGCAGACCCCUCCCAGAUGCCAGAGCAUCAGUAGCACUUCCUCCUCCAUGCAGGUGGGAUGGCUGCUUCUCCUGAGUGGCUGGCUGCUAUUUAAUGUUCCUCGCCGUUCAUCUGGUCGCAUUCAGAGCCUUGGGAAGAGGACCCUGGGAUAAGGGGCGGCAGGCGCCCAAUAAAUGUGUUUCUUCAACCAGAAA